AGUCAAUUGGGGUCCAUCAUCUGUUUGGCUUAAGACAUUCUUUAAAAUAUCUUUUUUUGUGUUCAACAGAAUAACGAAAUUUAUAUAGGUUUGAAACAACUUGAGGGUGAGUAAGUGAUGACAGAAUUUUAAUUUUUGGUUGAACUAUCCCUUUAAGAAUAUGCGUCACCUUUAAGAAAUAUGAGACCGCGCGCACUGAGGAUGCGCAGAAGAGAGAAGCGCGAGAGACGAGGCGACUGCAGAAGCUUUCUCCAGUUGAAGCUGAAAGCGACUCUGUUAACGAUCGAGAAUAAGGAAUAAAUGUGGAAUAUUUACUCUGGAUGCUGUAUAUUUCCAGUCUGCAGAUCUGGUGUCUCUCGUACAACAAUUCAGCAAUAAAUACUGGGAAUAUUCACAUCAUCCAACAAGAGAAGGACAAACUCCAGGUGUAGCAGCUGAAAUCUGUGUGACUGUUAAAGAUGGAGUUUAUUAAAGAAGAGAUUGAAGACAUGAGUGAUCCAGAACCAUCCAGAAUAAAACAUGAAGAUACUGAGGAACAAAUAGACCAGAUGGAAGUGAAGGAGCAAAGACACAAACUAAAUGAUGUACAGAAACACUGUGACUUCAAAACUCAAGGGAAAAAAGGCAAAAAGCUGCACACCUGCUCACAGUGUGGAAAGAGUUUUCCAUAUACAUCUGGACCCAGAAUUCAUCUGUGCGUUCACUCUGGAGAACAACUAUUUUACUGUAAUCAGUGUGAUAAAGAUUUUAAUUUGUCAUCAUAUCUAAAACGACACCUGAAAGUUCAUUCAGAUGAGAGGCCUUAUGUGUGUUCUCUCUGUGGAAUGAGUUUUUCUUGGCUGGACAGUUUUAAACAGCACCAGAAAACACAUGAUGAAGUGAGAGAUCAUGUAUGUUUUGAAUGUGGGAAGAGCUUUACUAGAGCUGACUGUCUGAAACGGCACCAAAGAAUUCAUACUGGAGAAAAACCUUUUAAGUGCUCAUAUUGCGACAAGAGUUUCGCUCAGUCUGGAAACCUGAAAUUACAUGAGCGAGUUCAUACUGGAGAGAAGCCGUACCACUGUACUCAGUGUGGAAGGAGUUUCAGCGAUUCAAAAGGUUUAGAAAUUCAUCUGCGUGUUCACUCUGGAGAAAAACCAUUUAACUGUGAUCAGUGUGGUACAAAGUUUAUUUCCUCAUCAAAUCUAAAACAACAUCUGAAAAUUCAUUCUGGUGAGCGGCCUUAUGUGUGUUCUGUCUGUGGAAAGAGUUUUUCAAGGAUGAACAGUUUUAAACUGCACCAGAAAACACAUGAUGGAGUGAAAGAUCAUGCGUGUUUUGACUGUGGGAAGAGCUUUACUACAGCUGACAAUCUGAAACAGCAUCAAAGAAUUCAUACUGGAGAAAGACCUUACAAGUGCUCAUAUUGUGACAAAACAUUCACUCGGUCAGGAUCUCUAAAUGUACAUGAGCGAGUUCAUACCGGAGAGAAGCCGUACAAUUGUAUGCAGUGUGAGAAGAGUUUUAGACAUUCAUCAAACUUUCUCACUCAUAUGAAAAAAUGUUGCAAGUGAGCAACAUUUUUUUUUUCAUAUCAAAUACAUUCAAGUAAAUUCUCUAAAAUAUUCAAGACAAAGGCGUAGCUCGAUGACGCUUAGAUUGAGCGUGGAUUUAUGGAAGAUGUUAUCUUCACCUCACAGCCUGUGGAAAAGAAUCAGGACGGGACUCGGGCAGAAAUCAUGUUGAUGAUGAUGCAUGGAUAAGAUUAUUAACGUUACUGUAGUUUGAAGCAUAGCUGGGCCGAGUGCUGUGCAAGCAGAAACGAGGCCACUGUAGUGAUUGCUAAUGAGAGACAAGCGUGACACAUGGCUCGAUAGCAGCCGAACUUUUAUUAUGCACGCAGUCGCCGCUUCCACUUCUUCCCGUCAAUCAUAUGUGGGGUAAAGCAGCACUGUUUUAUCAUAUUAGAUACAUUUGUGUGUUGAAAAUUAUGUUAUAACAUUACUCUGUGUGUUUGCUCUGUGAAAUUGGACAAGGUGAAACAUGAUACUUGUGGUAAAUCAAGAAAACGAGAUUUAAACAAGACACCGUGUUGGAAUGUUCCUUAGUUCACCCAUUCUGGUGUAAAAUUCUUGGAGUAAUGGAAGAGUGGAUGGGAUCUAAUUUACCUGUGGAACCACGCUAGGAUGAUUUUACGCAAUUGGAAAUGCCCCAAGACCCCAGACUUGAAAGAUUGGAUUGAUGGGAUGAUUGAAAUUGCUUCAUAUGAGAACAUGUUAGGGAGACGGCAUAGUGAGGAAGAAAUGAAAAAACAUGGGAUCAUUUUUGGCAACAUAGAAAAAUGGAAUUUUAAUAAGUAGGACUGAUUUAACAAUGGUUUAAUUUCCAUGUGCUUUUGUUAGGAUUGUAUUCCACUGAUGGUGACUAGUGUCUGAAUGUGUUAUUGCAAAGAUGAUUAUUGAAUGCUGUGGUGAUGUACUUUGAAGUUUUGACUGUUGAACAAUAAAAAAAAAAGUUUAAUUAUAAAAAAAGACUUACUGUGUUGAGUUAUAUAACAUGAAUAGUUUUCUGUCGAUGAAUGUAUGCAAACAGUUGUUCCUUUGUCUAAUAAAACAAUU